ACGUCAUUCGAGGUGAUAAGAAUAACGUCGUUUUAUAAUUACAUUAAUCCGCACUUGGACAUCGAUAUAAAUGCCGAGUGAUGGUUUGUAAAGUAAACGUGUGAAAAUGAAUGAAAAUAAAUUUUUGUUAAUGGGGUUCGGUAAUCCCAUCAUUGACAUCAUUAUCGAUGAAAAUACCGAAUCGCUGGUUGACAAAUAUCAUUUGAAAAUCGACACGCAAAAUCAUUUACCAGUAAAAACAUACGACGAACUGCGACAGGAAAUUCUUAGUGGAGCAUAUAACAAAAUUUACGUUCCUGGAGGUUGUGUGCAAAACACCAUUCGCAUAUUUCAAUGGUUGGAAGAAGAAAAAUUUAGAACAAUUCUAUAUGGCAGCAUCGGCUCAGAUGAACGUGGUUCUUAUUUAACCGAGCAACUUCAAAAGGAAGGUGUAAUAACCAAAUUCGACAGAGUGACUGACAGAGCAGCAACGACGGAAGAUGCCAUCCUAUUAAUUCAUAAACAAUACCGAACUAUCGCUUACACAUCGGAAUCUCAGGCUGCGUGUUUCAAAUUUUCCGACGCUCCGUGCCAUUACCUGGAGACAGCUUUAUUAAGCGUAUCUGAUAGCAAAAUACUCUUAACCGACGGUUACUUUACUCUUCAUUGCGUUCCUUAUAUUUAUCGACUGCUGGAACAAUGUCAAAAGCACGACAUCCUCGUGGCUUUCAGCGCUGGAGGAGAAUCAAUUAUCAAGGCGAAUAACAUACGAGAGACUUAUUUACCCUUCGUGCAACGAAGCCAUAUCGUGUCCUGUAACUUACAAGAAUUCAAAGCGAUAUGCGAACGAGUUCAAAUUCACACCGAAAAUAUGAAAUCAGCUUUGGAAUCGUUUUGCCAAUUAUCGAAUGAUAUCGUGAAGACUGCUUCAUGCAAAUAUACGAGAAUUAUCGUAGUGACCGAUGGUGAAAAUCCGCUGCAUUGCUAUACGAGCGAAGAAGGCUAUGUAGUCUUUCCGAUUCUGGCAUUAGCAGUAAAUCAAAUAGUAGAUACGACCGGAGCAGGUGACGCGUUUAUGGCUGGCUUUCUUUAUGGUAUUUCUCAUAACAAAUCUAUCGACCAAAGUUUACAAAUAGGAUAUAAGACCGCUGUAGAAAUAAUACAACAGACUGGAUGUCGUAUACCAACAUCGCCUCCAAAUUUCAUCAACUAGUGAUAAAAUUUUGUAUGACGACUAUACUAACUACUAAACGAAAGGAUAAAAAUCACUGAUUUUAAUAAAAAUUGUAUCUACCUGUA